CGAGAACGUGCGCCGUGGCGUCCUAGCCCGGCGGCCUGGCGACGCAUCACCCCGGCGGCCGGGCGCUGCAAAUUCGGCGACCGUUCUGGCGGCCGUUUGCCGAGCUGGCUGGUCGAUCAAGAUGGUCGCCCUCUGGUCGACGAUCCCGAGGUCGCCCAAAAUUGGGACUAUACCCAGUCCGAAGAGCCCGAGGCGUGGAUGCCGGCGGAAUCGUUAAAGCGAGCGCACGGGAGAGGCAGGGGCUUUGCCAGCAUCAAGCAGCCGGCCGCAGACGCCAGAGGAAUGCAAAUGCUUGCGGACCUCGGCCAGGCAGUUACUGCAGGACCUUAGAGACAGAGGCCAGCGGCUACAUCCUGAAAAUGCGGCGGCGUGCCACGGCCGAAGGGCUCGCGCAGUGGUUUACGGCUGCGAAGCUACAGGAAGCGGCCCUCCACGUCGCCGAAGGUUGAGCAGACCGGGGGCGCCAUGGCGGGCGUGGCGCCAUGCAUCAGGGCGGCGACUGCGAACGCCCUGCAGGCGCGUUCUUCCAUGUGAUCCGCAGCCGGCUGCGCUUCCCCCCGGGCCCUUCCGCCGCGCUGGCGCGAAGUUGCGCCGCGUGGUGCCUUCGGC